GCCUUUCAAGCAGCUCUGUUUGUUUAUUCAAGCACAUUUUACGUGCCAUGAGAGCGACGUCCAGCAUAUCGGUGUGAUUCCCUGUCUACCCACUGAUAUCGAGACGGCAGCGGAGCCGGGGCUAAGAUGAAAGUCAUGCGGCUAGCAAGGAAGUGGAGAUUCAAGCCUUCGGUACCAUCUAUUGUCAUGGGAAACGUGAAUUCACUACCGAGCAAGAUCGACGAGCUGGCAAGAACGUCAAGAAUUUCGGGAACAAAGUCAGCUUGAAGUUUGAGGCAACGGUGAAACUGGAUGAGGGCUUCUGUCUGCUGAGCCAUCUCCAACAGUACAUUCCCUUUGCGAAAGAAGCCCUGCACAAAGAGAAGCACGGAUCAGCAUACAUGUACAGCCUGGUGAUUCUGAAUGGGACAAUGAUCAAAAAAUCUCAGCAAAAGAAAAGAACAUCUCCAUGCAACUACAAGGAGAGAUUUUUUGUGCUGGACACAGAGGAAUUGAAGUAUUCAGAGUGUCGCCCUGGAAAGAAGUCCAUACUCAAAGGUUGCAUCAAGUUAUGCAGCAUUAAGUGCGUGGAGACGGUGUUUUCCGAUCUCCCUAUUCCAUGCACCUUCAAGUACCCCUUUCAGGUUUUUCAUGACAACCAUUUCCUCUACAUUUUUGCCCCAGACAACAAUUGUCGUCUGAGGUGGGUCCAAGCUAUUAAAGAAGAAACAAAGAAUAACAAGCUAGUUGAAAAAUACCACCCACAAUUUUGGAUGGAUGGAAAAUGGAGAUGCUGCCAACAGUCAAAUAAACUGGCAAAGGGCUGCCAUGUAUAUGAUCCACUGGGUUACGCCUCUAAAAAGCCACUUCCUGGAAUCCCAGAUGCAGAGGUAGGAUUGCAUGACGCAUUGCAAAAGAUGGUCAUUGCAUUGCAGAACUACACACCAUUUAGAGACAAAGAGCUGGCACUUCAGAAAGACAAGGAGUACACCCUGAUGGACAGCUCUAACCCUGAGUGGUGGAAUGUCCGAGAUGAAAAGGGGAACACAGGUUUAGUACCUAGCACACACGUGACGGAAAAGUCAGGAAAGAACUUUGAGAGAUUUGAAUGGUACAACAAGAACAUAACCAGAGGGGAAGCAGAAGACAUACUAUUCAAAGAGGCAAAAGAGGGUGCAUUUAUGGUUCGAAACUCAAGACAGACGGGCGUCUACACAGUGUCAGUCUUCACCAAAGCACCAGGAUCAAAUGGGGAAAAAAAUCCAUGUGUGAAACAUUACCAAAUCCGACAGACAGAAACAGGAGAGCCUACUUUUUACUUGGCAGAGAAGUACCUGUUCCAGACUAUUCCUGAGCUGAUCUACUAUCACCAACACAACGCUGCGGUGUGUGUGUGUGUGUAUAUGUGUUAUUUGGCAGGUCUGAUAACACGUCUGAGACAUCCUGUCACUCAAGCAGGUGGCUUCUCCCAGGAAACUGCUGGCCCCUCCCAAGAUGAGUGGGAGGUGGACCCUGAAGACCUGGACUUUGGGCUACAAUUAGGCAGUGGACAGUUUGGGUUGGUGCUGCAAGGAAGAUGGAGGGAGAAAAAGGUUGCACUGAAAAUGAUAAAAGAAGAGUGCAUGUCAAAUGAGGAAUUUAAAGAAGAAGCGAGAAUCAUGAUGAGAUUGUACCACUCAAAGCUGGUUCAGCUCUAUGGUGUAUGCACCCAGCGCUCUCCUAUGUGUUUGGUGUUGGAGUUCAUGGAGAAUGGAUGUCUGUCGGACUACCUGAGAACCAAAAAAGGGACUUUAUCCCAGGAUGCAAUGUUGGAGAUGUGUCUGGAUGUCAGUGAAGGGAUGGCUUAUCUGGAGAUGUCAAACUUCAUCCACAGGGAUCUGGCUGCCAGGAAUUGCUUAGUUUCAAAGAACAAUGUGGUGAAAUUGUCAGAUUUUGGCAUGACCAGAUAUGUUCUUGAUGAUCAGUACACGAGUUCCCUGUGUUCCAAGUUUCCCGUCAAGUGGUCGGCGCCAGAGGUUAUCAAAUAUUGCAAGUUCAGCAGCAAGUCUGAUGUCUGGUCCUUUGGUGUUCUCAUGUGGGAAGUGUAUACAGAGGGCCGCCUUCCUUAUGAGAACCGCUCCAACACUGAGGUGGUGGAGUCCCUGAAUGCUGGCAUGAGGCUGCUAAAGCCAAAGUUGGCACCAGAGGCUGUGUAUCUGCUCAUGGAGUGGUGCUGGAAGGAGAAACCAGUGGAUCGUCCGUCCUUUGCUCUGUUGCUGCACGAGCUUUCCUCACUCUCCUCAUACUUGUGAGACAAGACAAUGGUAGUGGAUGCUAAACUGUAUAAACAAAGCUGUAUGUGUUUUAUUUAUUACAUCACUGUCAUUUGUUUUAUGUACUAUAUAUUGAUGUUUCACAUAAUCACCCCUGGUAACAUAGCCACCUCUGGAUUUUGCACUUUAUUUGUUUCAUUGCCCUGUAUACAGUUGCACAGUCUAUUUACUGUACAUAACAACGGCUGUAUAGGUUAACAAUAAAGAGUACGGUAUAUGAUAUGUUGUGUGUUGUGCUGCUAAACAAGUUAGGGUGCACUGCUAAGUAUUUGCCACUUGUAAAGAUUUAAAAUCAUAUUUCCAGACAUGUUAGAUGAUUUCCCUAGUUUUAAGGGCUAUUUACUCAUUGCGUUUAUAGUAUAACCUCAAUUUUAGAAUGAGGGAUUACUAUUUGUCUAGUUCAAAAAUGUUAAAAUUAAGCAAAUAACUCUUUAUGUUAUUUUUUAUUGUUUAAAGAGUCCACAACAUCCACAGGAUCCUUAAUUUAAGAACCGCUAAACAACGUUUUAACAUUCUGUUUAUUAAACAGGAAGGUAAUGGCAUACUGUCAACAAUUUUUGAUAACCAAUGCAGACGAAUGACUAAAUUACAGAUUUUGUAUAGCAAC